CGCAACUGAAAGCUCGAGAGAAAGGGGGGAGAGAAAGAGGGAGGUUGAGUUGACAGUGUCACACACUUACACAGGGAAUAUGGAAUAACCGUUUUACUCUCAGUUGGUACCGAGUGUUUACCGGAGGAUUUGAGCCCUGUUCACCGCACGGAGCCCCCGCACCGUCCCGCAGUGUUACCGGAGAGGACGCACCAUCAUUACCAUUAUAUCCCUGUGUGAUACCAAGAAGAUUGGACUGAAUUGAGCUGGACAAAUCACUGAAUUUGUGCUGCUACCAUCCAGCAGACCGUCUUAUUGUCAAAGCUCUGAAGAUACUUUGAAAGUCUAGGCAGAGGAGCAUCCGAUAGACCUCACCUGACUCGAAGCUACUCUGGCAGAGAUGGAGGACUGACCACACACUACCAGGCAACAGAAGGCAACCCCCUCCCUGCCCACAAGUGUCCAUGGCGGGGCUCAAACGUCAUCACGAUGGGAAGGUCGCCGGGCUGUACGACCUGGAUAAGACGCUGGGCCGUGGACACUUUGCCGUAGUCAAACUGGCCCGACAUGUAUUCACAGGGGAAAAGGUGGCAGUGAAGGUGAUAGAUAAGACUAAGCUGGACCCGGUGGCGCGGGGACACCUUUUCCAGGAGGUGCGCUGCAUGAAGAUGGUGCAGCACCCCAACGUGGUGCGCCUCUACGAGGUCAUCGACACAGCAACCAAGCUCUACCUCAUCCUGGAGCUGGGAGACGGAGGAGACAUGUACGACUGCAUCAUGAAGCACGAAGGAGGCCUCACGGAGGAGGUGGCCAAGUGUUACUUCGCUCAAAUUGUCCACGCCAUCUCUUACUGUCACCGGCUGCACGUGGUGCACAGGGACCUAAAGCCGGAGAACGUGGUGUUCUUCGAGAAGCAGGGCGUCGUCAAGCUCACCGACUUCGGCUUCAGCAACCGGUUUCAGCCCGGGAAGACGCUCAACACCUCCUGCGGCUCGCUGGCCUAUUCUGCGCCUGAAAUACUGCUGGGGGACGAAUAUGAUGCUCCUGCUGUGGAUAUCUGGAGUCUGGGGGUAAUCCUGUUCAUGCUGGUGUGCGGUCAGCCCCCCUUCCAGGAGACUAAUGACAGCGAGACGCUCACCAUGAUCAUGGACUGCAAAUACACCGUGCCUCCACACAUCUCCCAUGCAUGCAGAGACCUUAUAGCUCGUAUGCUGCAGAGAGACCCUAAGAAGCGAGCGACCCUAGAGGAGAUCGGGGCCCACGAAUGGCUUCGAGGAGUCGACCCCUCCCCGGCCACCAAGCUGUCCACGCCUCUGGUGUCCCAUCGCAGCCUGUCGGAGGAGGAGCACGGCUCCAUCAUCCAGCGCAUGGUGCUGGGGGGCAUCGCAGACAGAGACACCAUUACCGAGGCUCUGGAGUCGAACCAGUACAACCACAUUACAGCUACCUACUUCCUGCUGGCUGAGAGGAUGCUGAGGGAGAGGCAGGAGAAGGAGCAGCAUAACCAGACACGCUCUCCCAGCCCCAGCAAGGCCCAGUUCAGGCAGUCCUGGCCCACCAGAGUGGAUGUUCACCAGGAUGUCAGCGAUGGCUUGGGGGGUCCAACUAUCUCCCACCCCGGGGGGCCACAAUCCCCUGCCCGCAGUGCUGAAAGCCUCCACAGAGGACCCCGGCCAAAAACAGCCCUGCUGGAUCUCAGCCAGACCCAGGAUAGGGGGCCCAGGCCUCCAGUGAAGCCCCACAUCAACCCCCUCAGGCCAGUCUCUCUGACCUCAGUGGCCCCCGGCAAAACCCGCAGUCCCAGUCUCUUCAGCGUGGAGGAGGACGAGGAAGAAGACGACAAACCGUCUUCACUCCCUGCUCAGGUGGUUCUUCGUGCUAAAGCUUCCUCGUCUUCUUCUGGUAAUCGGCUGACAUCCCGAAUGAGCGCUCCGGUGCUCAACCAGAUCCACGAGGAAGAUAAAGAGGAGGAGGAAGAGGAGGAGGAGAGGAGGGAGCUGCAUGGAUUCGGCCCGCCAAAACCCAGCCUCAGCCUCAAUCUGAGCCCGAGAGCACCGUCCCCGACGACGCUCAUAUCAUCGCCGAAAACGGUCCCUCUAAGAGCACCGGUGGCCGCUUUCACCCCCAGCUCAGAGACGAGUGACGAGGAGACAGAGAGUCACUACAAACCGGAUACCAUGUCUGUAGAUAGAGACGGGGGUGAGAGGGAGGAGAGCAGAGAGGGUGGGGAGAACAGGGAGUCCAGUCCCUCCAACUGCGCCAGUCCUGGAUCCGUUUCGGGUCAAGGCAAGGCCAAAGCCUCCAGCGGUCUGGUGGAGAGCUUGAAGCUGAUGAGCCUGUGUCUCAGCUCUCAGUUCCACAACCUGACGGGGGGAGGAGGGGGAGGCGGCGAAGGCGUGGGUGGCGUUGUUGCGGGGGACACACAGGACCGUCCCAUGUGGAGGAUGUGCAUGGGCGGCUCCACCGGCAGCCUUGAUAAAGUCUCGCUCCUGGGCGGCCCCUCACCCAGGGGGAACCUGUACCACCAGCAGCCCACACUGGGAGACGCGCUGGGGGACCCGCUGCUGGACGGCCCCCGCUCUGGCACAAUGAGGCUGGGGGAGCUGGACCUGGCCAGGGAAAACCACAGGAACAUGAAGAACCGCGUGCUGCAGAUGCCUCUGAGCGACAAGACUCUGUCCGUCAACAUCCACCGGAGCCCCAAGGAGGGUCUGCUGUGCACCCCCACCCCCCACAGCUGCUGCCAGGUCAUCUAGAUCUGCUGCACCUCCACACUUAGUCUAGUUGCCAGCACUGUGGACCAGGAAAAUGUUGAGUACCCCAACAUUUUAGAAAUGUAGACUAUGGGUCCCUAGCACAUAGAAACUGCCGGAUGCUAGCUUUCAUAUCUUUUGCACAAUUAGCAUAGGUUGCAUUAUUUGUCCUCUUGGUGGGCUGAUUUUGACUAUGAGUCGUGUUGUGACCAUUGGAUAUAGAGAGCACAAAAAAAAUGACCACUACUGUGGACCAUUUUAUUUCAAACAGAUAAGCAAUCUCUCCAAUCCGAAUGAUCCAGAGUCCCGAAAAACUUUAAAAUCGACCAAAAUUCUUAAAAAUAGGCGCUCAGAGAGUACGAAUAUGGCCAGUUUCUGGAUAAAACUGCCAUUUAUGAUCCUGAAAAUGUAAGAAAUGGAUUCAACUUCCUCAAUAACCUCCAAAACCACUCCAAAAGCGGCCAAAUUGUCAACAUAAGCUAUAAUGCUAAUAAAUGCUAACUUACACAACUUAUGCUAAUUGUGCAAAUUGCCCAACAGGUGCGAGUUAGAAUCCGGUCAUUUCUAUGUGCUGGGGACCCCGUACCAUACAUUUCUAAUAUCAAACUUUGCGGUUCUGAACAUUUCCGGGUCCACAAUAGGACUCUCUGAGCUGGCAAACAGACUAACUCGUCAUUUUCUUUCAUACAUGUCACUACUGACUCAUGUCGUUCACUAUCAUUGAACACUAACGGUGGAUAACUGGGAGAAAUGCCUACUUUGCACAUUCAGAGACUCAGAGGUUUGCAGAGCAUGUGAAGCACUUUCAGGAGAUUAUACGGGACACUAAAGGGACAUUUGAACCCGCUGGUGUGUUUAAAUAAGAGACAUUAGUUCUGGAAAUAGAAACUGGAGGUGCUCACAUCCCUGCUCUUACACACUUGUAUAUUCUGUAUGUAAACAUCCACACUAUAGCACUCUCUGAUAAGCUGACAAAAGGGAAAGAUGAUGACUUUUAGUAUCAUGUUACAUGACGUAUUUUGUUGUACUUAAUGCUGUUUUGUUUUUUAAAAAUCAUUAUCUCUUUUAAAUGAUUUUUUGAGACAAUCAUUUUAUCUGUUUUUUUUUAAAUUCUGACUGAAAGUGUGUUUUCAUUGAAAUGAGGACAGGGAGAAAUGGAUAGCAGCACUUAAGAAUGACGGUGGCACACAGUGUUUUGUAGUCUAUCACUGUUUUAUUUUUCUAUCUCGUACUUGCUCCACAGACUCGGACGAAAGGAAAAGGCACACUCACUUGUCAAGUCUCUGCGCACUAACACGUCAGAGUUUGUACAUAUGUGAAUAGCAGUACUCUGUACCUGUAGUAUUGACGGUGAAGUUGUAUUGCAGUAGAAAACCUGAAUACUAGAUCCUUUAUACAUCAUUAAUCAUCACUCCUACUGGAUAUGCAAGGUUUCCAUUGAACCCGGAGAUAGACAUGUGUUUGAAAAUACAAUUUAAAAAGAAAUUAUUCUAUAAGUAAUGGCAGCUCUUUAAAUUCAGAUUACUUCUGGGUAGAACAAUCCUUGCCUAUCCCGUAGCUUUCCAGGAUCACGGUAGCCACUGUUGUAGCAUAUUCCAAGACAAAAACAACAACGAGGGGUUUUAUUAUAACAAAACAACACCGCCCCUUCAAGUAUCGGUCUGUGUAACUGGAUGUGUGACCCACCCCUAGUGGAAUAUAUAACUUGACAGUGCAUGUGUUUUUGCUGUAGCAACAUUAUUCUUACCCAUCGAUCCACCGGCGUUAUCUACUGAACUAACAGAUUCAAAUGGUCACUUUACUGUAGCCUCACAGCAAUACCAGCGACUGCAAAAUGUACAACAAAAAUGGAUGUGCCAUAAAUUCUGUCUUGAGCAUAUUGUACUGUAUGUAUAUGAUAGAGAUAUAUUAAAAUGGAAAAAUGUGA